AUGCCCGCGCCCACCAAGAGCCGCCUGGGCAUGGGGCCAAGUUCCCGGCUUCGGGGAGAUAACAGUGGCGUGGCUGUUGCCGUCUUCCUGUCACCACCUCUUCCCUCCGCGUCCCCCCCACCCGCUGUUCCCAUCGACAGGAGCGAGGCACAGAGGACCCGCCGGCCCUUCCUGGUGGCCUGGAAUGUGCCCACCCAAGACUGCAAGCCCCGCUUCCAGGUGUCCCUCGACUUCAGCCUCUUCGACCUGCAGGCCUCCCCCAAUGAGGGCUUCGUGGGGCAGAACCUCACCAUCUUCUACAAGGAGCGCCUGGGGCUCUACCCCUACUACAGUGUCCCCCAAAACAGCAGCCUGUCCGAGCACCUCGCCCGCCUCCAGGAGGGUAUCAGCAAGUACAUCCGCUCGCCUGCCAAGGAGGGGCUGGCCGUCAUUGACUGGGAGGAGUGGCGACCCAUUUGGGCUCGCAACUGGAAGCCCAAGGACAUCUACCGGGAGGUGUCUCAGCAGCUGGUGCACCAGCGGCAGCCUACCUGGUCCCGCGAGGAGGUGAACAAGCAGGCGGUGUUCGAAUUUGAGUCAGCUGCCCGGCAGUUCAUGGUGAGCACCCUGCGCAUGGCCAAGAGUUUCCGACCCAAGCAGCUCUGGGGGUUCUACCUCUUCCCUGACUGCUACAACCACGACUACAGCAAGAACAAGGAGAGCUACACCGGGCAGUGCCCGGAUGUGGAGAAGACGCGCAAUGACCAGCUGGCAUGGCUCUGGAGGGAGAGCACGGCCCUCUACCCCUCCAUCUACCUCGACCUGCUCCUGGCCUCCACCCCCAAUAGCCGCAAGUUUGUGCGGGCACGGGUGAUGGAGGCCAUGCGCAUCUCGCAGCAGCACCACGACGGCUACUCCCUGCCUGUCUUCGUCUACACCCGGCCCACCUACAUCCGCAAGCUGGAUGUGCUCAGCCAGCCGGACCUGAUCUCCACCAUUGGAGAGAGCGCAGCGCUGGGUGCAGCCGGGGCCAUUUUCUGGGGUGAUGCAGACUACACUAGAAACCGGGACUCAUGCCAGAUCAUCAAGAACUACCUGGAGGGGGACCUGGGCCGCUACAUCGUGAAUGUCACGACGGCAGCGCAGCUCUGCAGCACGGCUCUGUGCCAGGGCCGGGGCCGCUGCCUGCGCCAGGACAGCACUGCUGAUGUCUUCCUCCACCUCAACUCUACCAGCUUCCAGCUGCGGCACCGGGAUGGGGACCACCCCCAGCGCCCCCUCUUCUGGGCCGAGGGCCAGCUGUCGUCUGCUGACACCCUCUUCCUACGGACCCACUUCCGCUGCCGCUGCUACCAGGGAUGGCAGGGCAGUGGCUGCCAGGUGCCUGCUGGCCCCCGCAGUGAUGCCCCUGACCCCCUGGCACCGCUGGGACUUGGAGUGCUGUUGCUGCUUGCAAGCUGGUGCUAACACCCCUGGACUGAGCUGCCCCCUCUCCCCCUGGCACCCUCUUUCUGUGGUGGUGUAGGGGACCUAUUUAAGAUAUCCCUACCCUGCCCAUGA